AUGUCACUCCCAUCUGCAGAGGUCGCUGCCGAUUUUCGCGACGCCUUGAACGACCUCAAGUUCAACAGCAGGCCCGAGAUCAGCAAUCUAACCAUCAUCGCGAAAGAGAACACAGAGCACGCACAAGCAAUUUCACGAGAGCUCGAGGAGCACAUUAAGACGACGCGCCCUGAGUACAAACUUCCGGCUUUGUACGUGCUCGACUCGAUUGUCAAAAACGUCGGCACUCCGUACACGGUCUAUCUGGGGCGCAACUUAUACAACACCUUUGUAAACACGUACACCCUCGUCGACAAUCCCACCAGGAAGGCUCUCGAGGGCCUGCUGCGGACAUGGAAGCAGCCCGUUCCCGAAUCCAUGGACACCCGGCCCGUGUUCCCCGUUGACAUCACCCGCGCCAUUGACAACAUGCUCCUCAAGUACAAGACGGUGAUAGCCCAGCAGCAGCAGAACCAGCCUAGGGCACCAGGCCAAUUCCCAGGUCAGGACCCUAGAGCUACAAAUUCACCAUUCCCCCCAGGAAGUGCAGCAAGGCAGUCGCCAGCCCAGAAUGGGAUGCCAUUCCAUCCUCCACCAAUGCCCGCCCGCCAGUCUCCGGCUCCUGCCAUAACCUUGCCGUUCGGCAUGCCACCGCAGGCCUACCGUAACUCUCCGGUUCAGAGCGGAACACCGUUCGCACCGCCUGCCGCUCCAUCCAUUGAGAAGAUUCAAGCAGAUGUGGAGAGAUUGAUUGCAGCUGCUAAGAUAGACUUUGCUGCCAACCCGUAUGAUCCGGAGAAGCAGAAGAGGUUGAAGACGUUCUUAGAUCUGCAGACCAUUCUUAAGGUGCAACAGCUGCCUCCUGAUCAGCUUCGAGCCGUCGAGCAGCAGCUAGCCACACUCGGUGGCGCCUCCCUUGCGCCAUCAGCUCCGGCGUCAACCGCUCCAGUGAGCACGCCUGUAGCGCCUCCUCCUUUCCCCAUGCCGACGCAGACCCCCCAAAUUCCUCCUAUUCCAACGCCGACUCAGCAAUCUUCAACUCCAGCACCUCCGAUGGCACCUGCUGCUCAACCACCUUCGCUCGCGGAUUUGCUUCGGGGUUUUGGUGGUGCAACUCCCAGCCAGAAUGCAACUCCCGUCCCGCCUCCCGCUUCGGCUCCUCCGGCGGCUAUGCCGGCGAGCAGCACCCUUUCUCUCCUGGACACACUCCGUGCUCAAGGGUUGCUGGGAGGCAGUUCCACGCCCAUGCCGGCUUUCGCGGCCCCAGCUCCAUCCGCUAACACAGGAUCGGCGCGCAACGACGUGGAGCUGACCAAGGAGUCGAUCAAAAAAUCGCGCCCGGAACUGAUCGGCCUGCUCUACGAAGCUCGGCCGAACCAGUGCUCCACUUGUGGACGUCGCUUCCCGGCGACUGACGACGGCAAAGUUAUGAAAAGGAGACAUCUUGACUGGCACUUCAAGGUCAAGGACCCGAAUCUCGUGAAGCAAGCUAUCCACCGCAGCUGGUACAUUGGCGAAAAGGAGUGGAUUGAGUAUCGUGAACAGGACGAGGCCAAGCCGCCGCCGGAGACCAACGGCAACGCGGCCGCUGCUGCUAAGACGAACCAGCAGCGCUGGGUACGGAUACCUUUGGAUGCAGAGCUCGUGAACGCUCCGUGCCCGAUCUGCCAGGAGAAAUUCACGCCGUCAAGGUUGGACGAUGAGUUUGUGUGGUUGGAUACCAUCCAAGUCGGACCGAAGUACUUCCAUGCCAGCUGCUAUGAAGAGGCAUACGGAAACGCAAGGAGCACGCCUGUGUCGAUUCUCGGCAAGAGAGGCGCGGAUGAGGGUGCCCACACGCCGUCGAAGAAGAUGCAGGUCUGA